GGCGCCCAAAGCACAAGAGUUGUGUUUUGGUGUUUCAAUAGCUAUCAUUCAAGUCAAGUGAAUAGUUCUGGUCUGAAGUAGUUCGGCACAGAUCCGAUUUUCUUCAGACAAGUUGUUACAAAAAAGUGAAAAAAAAAACAAUAGAAUAAUAUAAGAUGGCAGCCUUUGCGGAACCACAUUUUGAAGCAUGGCAUGCUGGUCCCAGCAACGUGACCGUUAUUGACAAAGUUUUACCUGAAAUCCUGCACAUGGUUCAUCCCCAUUGGAAUCAGUUCCCACCGAUGAAUCCGUUGUGGCACUCAAUACUCGGAUUCGCAAUCUUCGUCCUCGGUGUCGUAUCGAUGCUUGGUAACGGUUGCGUGAUAUACAUCUUCUCCUGCACCAAAUCACUUCGUACCCCAUCCAACUUGCUAGUGGUCAAUUUGGCCUUUUCGGAUUUCCUGAUGAUGUUUACGAUGGGACCGCCAAUGGUGAUCAACUGCUAUCAUGAAACAUGGUCUUUCAGUGCGUUCGCGUGCGAACUGUACGGAAUGUUUGGAUCACUGUUCGGCUGUGCCUCGAUCUGGAGCAUGACUAUGAUUGCAUUCGACCGAUACAAUGUCAUCGUCAAAGGUUUGUCUGCUAAGCCAAUGACAAACAAUGGAGCCCUCCUGCGAAUCUUGGCUAUCUGGGUAUUCGCACUGUUCUGGACUUUGGCUCCAUUCUUCGGAUGGAACCGAUAUGUCCCAGAAGGAAACAUGACCGCUUGCGGUACCGAUUACCUCACCAAGGAUUGGUUCAGCCGUUCUUAUAUCUUGGUAUAUUCUAUCUUUGUAUACUGGACACCUCUUCUUACCAUCAUCUACUCAUACACCUUCAUACUCAAGGCGGUAGCCGCUCAUGAAAAGAACAUGCGCGAACAAGCCAAGAAGAUGAACGUCGCUUCUCUGCGAUCCUCGGAAGCUCAACAGACAAGCGCAGAAAUCAAACUGGCCAAAGUCGCCCUGGUCACCAUCUCCCUGUGGUUCAUGGCCUGGACUCCCUAUCUAGUGAUCAACUUCACCGGUGUUUUCGAAACCGCACCGAUCAGUCCCCUGGCCACCAUCUGGGGUUCGCUAUUCGCAAAGGCCAAUGCCGUGUACAACCCGAUUGUAUACGGUAUCAGCCAUCCGAAAUACCGCGCCGCUCUGCACAAGACCUUCCCGUCGCUAUCUUGCCAGGAUGAUCAAUCCAGCAACGAUGGCCAGUCCGUUGGGUCGGGAGUGACAACUGCCACAGAAGAAAAAGCCUAAGCCAAAGUAGAGAAACUCUGCCACUGAUGAUAUUGUGUACGAUGUUUAUGGAUUUUGUUUACUGGUAUCUAAAUACAGCAAAAAGCAUAUAAUAAUGCA